AAGCUCAGAACUUUCUUUCUCCAAGACUGCAGCAACCUCACGACUGAACCACUAACACCUGCUGAGCUAACAGGAUCAGCCGCACCACUGCAGCCAUGGCAUCCCGUUGGUGGCCUGCCUCGAUGCUCUUGGUUUCACUGCUGUUUCUCUACUGGACGACCUCCUCUGCUUGGCCCCAUGACCCCGUCACAGCUGACCUCUCACCACCUUACAGGGCUCGCAGAGACCUGCCUGAAUCCAGCAGAGACCAAGCUGGUCAAGUUCUGAAUGCUGUCAAAGAUUCUCUGUCUCUGUUUAAAGACGUGAUGGAAAAUAUUAACCCUGAUAAGGUGGUAGGUGUAAUCAAAAGCCUUUCAAACUUCGCUAGCCUGGCGCCUGGCAUUGGAGGUGUGGUCUCCUCUGUCAUCAGCAUGGUCCUAGUCUUCAUCCCACAAGACGACCCAGUGCUGAAGGCAGUGAAGGAAGGCUUCGCUGAAGUAAACAGGAAGAUGGAUUCACUCUCCAUCCAGAUCUCUGACCUGCAAACAGACGUAGAGUGGUUCAGCUACAUCAGCAUCUACUCUCAAGAUGAACUCCGCAUCCUCAACGCCUGGAGGAAGUUCAACGAGUUUCGAGAUAGUGGCGAGCUGAUGCGAGGUGAGGACAAACAGCGACUGGCACAGCUAUUCACCAACUACUAUGAUAACACAGGAGCUGAGACUGGUAUGACCAACCUUUACCAUUACCUGACCGUCACCAGCACGUCUCUGAGUGGAAACAUCAACGAACUCCUGAAGAGAAAGUUUAAAUGUGACAUUAGUCAGAUUGGAAAAUACAACUUGUAUUUAAGCAGCCUGCUCUGGAAGGGGAUGCUAGUCAACCAGUUCUACGGGAAACUCCUGGGUUUAAACACAGCAGCCAAAGAAGCUGAACACACGCAGAUGUUCAAGAAAGUCUCUGAAGCUCAGAUUUCAGCUGUACAGUUCUGUCUGACCAACUAUGAGCAGUUCAUGAAGAACGACGUGAUAGAGACCGCCAAAGCUCACAGUGCUAAUAACAAGCAAGCCAUCGCUGUUCAGGUGAAGAUGGUUCUGGACCAGAAGUACAACUGGUACAGCUGGGUGGUGGUGGUAUAUGACACAGUUACAGACCAUGAGUAUGCCUUUUACAAUAUGACAAAGAUCCCUGUGGACAGUGUCACUGUGGCUGUGGGCUACACUCUGAAAGAAGAGCAGGAAACAGCAGCAGUGGUAAAGGAGCCACAUUGCUUUCGGUAUGUGGAAGAAACAGACUGUGAUAAUAUCGCACAGACUAUUUUAAACUGCAACCACGAAGUCGAUGGAGUUUCUGUAGGUCCGUUUUAUAGGGUGGUAACGGGCUUUGGGUAUUCGAAAGGAGUGGAAGUCCCAGCAGCCAAAAAGUCCUUCAAUUGUAUGACGAAGGAUUAUCGACGCAUUUUAGUAACACUUUGUUUCAAACGUUGUCCAGACUUUGACUGCUUAAUCCGCAUCCAUUACUCCCGGUCCCUCGCCGUCUGCCAUCCUGAUACGUGUCUGAAUGGGGGACAGUGCAAGAGGCUGCUGGACUCCAACCAACACCUGUGCGACUGCCCCGACAGUUACCUGGGAGACAGGUGUGAACACAAGAUGAACACCACUGUGCCGCCCAUAGAUGUAGGGUUUACUGUGCAGAGAGCUCCGCCGUCACCGCCGAACUAAAUCUGGAGGAUCUGAGCGCACUCAUUAAAAACCACAUUACUGUGAAUGCGCUGACACAGCAGUCGACUGCAAACAUGACAACAAACAGACAGGACCGGCUGAGGUAUCUGUGAUCAGUCAUGUGUAAGGCAGUGUUGCUUUAACGAUGUAUUCGUUAUGUUUUCUUUGUGCUUGCCAUGAACAUAAUUAACUAUGUGACCACAAAUAAAGACAGUGUGAACCUGGA